UCAUUGCUGCUAUCACUCCUGGUUAAUGGACCUUUAAGUCUCCGCAAUCUCUGCGUGACAGAUGGGAAAUCCGCCGGGUGGAGUACUCGAAGCUGACUCCAAUGCCCUCCACGGUGUUCAGGGCGACAUCACGGUUGAGGCUGAGACGGUCGCAGUGAACGGUGACACAGUCGCGCUCCCACAGAUCGAUCCGAAGACCUUUGUGGCCUGCGCGGACAUUCAAGCCACAGAAGCGCAAAAGCUCUGGGCUCUGCAGACAGUGAGCGAGAAGUUUUUUGAGGGCAAGUCCCAGCUGGUGGUCCAGGUCAUCUUCCUGCUCUGCGACCGCUGUUGGGCCGUGCAACGCCAAGCGCUGCUUCUCUUACAACGGCUAGGAGCUUACAUCAACCUCGAAUGCAUCUGCACCUUGCAGAAACUCAUGUACCACCCAGACAACGUGGUGAAGCUCUUUGUGGCGCGGAUUCUCCAAAACGUCCCCAGCCCUCAGGCUGUGGAGAGUUCCAAGGAGGUCCUCGGCAGUCGAACGGUCGCUCUUGCUGCAGUGAUGCAGUUUGGAAAAGCCUUAGAAUUUGUGAUGGAAUGUUUCAAGCAGGACCGCGAGAUCGUCUUGGCCGCCGUGACGCAGAACGGCGAGGCCUUGAGCUUCGUCGGCGCCUGGCAAUGCGACGAGGAGAUUGUGGUGGCUGCAGUGACGCAAUGCGGCUCAGCGGCACAGUUCGCCGCCCCAGAGCUGAUUGCACGGCAUCCAGGGCUGCAGGCGGUGCUCCAAGGAAGAGCUUUGGGCCUUUGCGGCAACUACUUGGUCAUUGAGGAAGUGGGCCGAGGUGUUUACGGUGCAGUGUCACGUGCUGAACAUGUGCAAACUGGGCACGUGGUGGCCAUCAAGAAGCUUCACUUUGAGGCUGAUAAUUGGGCGGAUGGUGUUCCAGCGCAUGUCUUGCGCGAGGUGUCGUUGUUGAAAAGCUUUCAGCACAAGAACGUGGUAAGGUUGUUGGAUGUGCUGGAUGUUGGUCCUACGGACCUACGACUGGUCUUCGAAUAUUUACCAAGAGACCUCUUUUCUCUACUGAAGGAGUUGAAAGAGCAGAAUACGGUCAUGGACAUGGAGAUGCUGCGCCGUUUUUCUGCGAAUUUGAUCGAUGGGCUCUAUGCAUGCCACGCCAGGAGCAUGGUCCAUCGCGAUUUGAAGCCGCAGAACAUCUUGCUCACCGGCGACGGCUCUUUGAAGAUUGCGGAUUUCGGUUUGGCCCGCAUGAUGGCUGUGCCCAACCGUACCUAUACUUUGGAGGUGGUCACCCUGUGGUACAGGGCACCAGAGAUGCUACUGGGUACGCAGACGUAUGCCUAUGAGGUAGACUGUUGGUCUGCCGGCUGUGUGAUCGCUGAGAUGGCCCUGACACGGCCCUUGUUCCCAGGAGACUCGGAGGUCGACACACUCUUCAAGAUCUUCCGCUUGUUUGGCACUCCAUCAGAUCAGAAUUGGCCCGAGGGCACGCAUCUACGGCACUGGAAAGACAGGUUCCCCAAAUGGGAAGGCACUGGGCUUCAAGGGCGGCUGGAGCAUCGGCCGGAGCUUAGAUCACCUGGACAUGGAGACGGUGCUGACCUUCUGAGGCGGCUCCUGUGCAUGAACCCUAACAACCGCAUGUCCUCGCGACAAGCACAGCGGCAUGCGUUCUGCACGAGAGAUCCAGUACCAGCUUAAUGAGCUGUGUGCUGCCAAAAAAAACCACCCAUCGGUGGUGGUGGCAUCGUGUCGUGUGUUUUUUGGGAUUACAAAAUUGAAACGACACACAAAUUGCCACCAAAUCCGCUUAGGGUUCUUGGGAUGAUUUCGCCUUGGAGGGCCAGGGAAAAA